CGGAAACAGAGUCCAGUGGCGCGUGGGGGCGUGGUCUAUCGUGGGAAACCGAGUUGUUGGUCACAUCACUUGCAGCGGUUGGGACAGAGACGAGGAGCUACAGGGGAAACUUAACUUAACAAAUAAACACACAAAGCGGACCUGAUCGACUAGUAAUGUCUGGAGGGAGGAUGCCGAACUGUCCUGCCUCUGCAGCCAAGGGAUUCAGCUCGACCCCGCUGAAGACCGGCCGGGGGAAAGACGUCCCCGCACCCGGGGCUCUGCUGCUGGACGACGGAGUGGUGUCCGAUGACGAGGACACGUUUUCCCUGCUCUCUCCCAUCUACCACGACAGUUUUGAGAGCGACGGAGAAGACGCGGAGCCCCGCCCAGCCGAGCAGACCUCACCCAGGCCGAGCGUCAACUCGGGACUCAGCGUCUCACCAGUCAGGUGUGAGCUACCAAAAACACCUGUUGAGCAGAUGUUCAGUGCAGUUGUGCAGCCUGCAGCCUCACCUGCUCUGAGCGCCUGGGAAAUGUGGCUGGUGAACAAAGCCAUAGAGGACCGUCACAAAUUGGAAAAGAAAGCAGAGGAGGAGGGCAUUCUCAAAGAAAAACAACAAGAAGAAGAAAGGGAGCGGGAAAGAAAAAGGACUGUCAUGGAAGAGAAGAUCCAUGAAUGGCUAAAGUUGAAAAGAGAACAGGAGAAGCACGAGCAGCUUGUAAAACAGGGUAAAGAGGAGGAGGAGCUGCAGAGGCGGCUGCAAAAACAGAGGGAGGUUGAACAGAGAGCUCAGCAAAAGUACGAAGACUGGUUGCAGAAGAAGAAACGAGAAAAAAUGGAAAAAGAAAAGAAAGAGAAAGGGGAAGCUGCCCUGAAGGAGGAGCAGGAGAAGGAGCGCCGCAAGAGGGCAGAGGAGACGUUUAAGGAAUGGUUGACAAAAACAAAUGAAAAAAGCGGAACAGUACCUAAAUCACCUUGCUACCCAACAAGUCCCUACGACAAAUCCUACCCGUCACCCAGCUUCUACAAUCCGAUCCCAUGGAAGCCGAUUCAUACCCCCCCUCCAGAGCCAUCACUGAACAAGACAUCUGGCAAGAAACUGCAGAAACAAAGAAAAAGCCAGCAGAGCCCAAGGACGACUCAUAGACCGAGAAACACUGUGAGUUCAGCACAGUUACUGCAGGGGCGACGGCUAUGACUACGACGCUGCAGCUUUGUUACGGCUCAAAUAUGAUUUCAUCUCUACGCCUCCACACCACCACAGAUCCUGAAAAGAAGCUUGCGUGAGUCACAGAAAGGUUUAUGUUCUCUAAUAUGACUGGGUGUAAUUACAAGUUUUCAUUAGCGUAUUUGAUUUAUAUGCUGAAACAUUUUGUAAUGUUUGUCUGAAUGUACAGGUUACGUGAUUUUAUUUGGAUUUUUUUAAUAAAAGAUGUUUAUAAUUUGUUCUGAAGAGUAAAUUAGCGUCCGUAUUGUAAGAUGGCUUCGCGCACAUCUAAAAGACUGGAUUGUGUUUUUUCUUGUACUAUUGUAAAUUAAAUCAGCUUGUUAUUGCAAUAAAUAGAUUAUACACA